AUGGCCCACCUGCCCGUUCCCGAAUCCGGAUGUGCUUACAUCGCCACGCUUGCCCCGGCCGCCAUCGGCUUCGUCGGCUACUCGAUUUUUGCCGGAGAUGACCUGACGCAGAGGUGGUAUCAGACUCUCCCCCGCCGAGAGUGCGCCGCCAAGACCCUAAAAGCCUCCGCCCUCACCGAUUUUCUCUCCAUUUCUCCCCUAGGCUACGCUUCUUUCCUUGUCCACCGUGCUGCCGACCACUGCCCGUGCAACAAGAAGCUGGCGAUGAACGCUUAUGGUCUGAACCUCUUGCUGUUGUUGGCCAAGAACUAUGCAACCAAGAACCAGAAUAAGUGUCAUCUUGCCGGUACCUCCACCCUGGCCGCCAUCCUCGCCAUCGCCACUGCCGUCGGAUUCUACAAGGCCGACAAGACCGCCGGCCUUCUGAUGGCCCCGUACGCCGUGUGGACCAGCUUCCAGGCCUACAACUCGCUCCAGAAGGACGUC